UGUACAAAGGGGUUGCAGUUACGUAAGUCAGGUACAGAGUACAUUUCUUUUGGGGAGUGAUUUUUUUUGUCCCUGCACCGAGUCCUGCUUCUCAACUGAAAGCAUUUCAAGCAUUCUCCUCUCCUGUGGUUGUAAAGAAUAGGAUUGAGGUACUAGAAAAAGAAGAACAAAACAACUGGCACAGUGGCAUAUCUGGACAUGACUUACUGGAAGGAGGACUGGUUGCUGUGUUGGGACCUGGAUAUAGUCUUAUGAUUUUGCUUUUUUCCCCAUUUUCUUAGGAUCUAAGGAUAAAUCCUGGGGCUAUGGUGGUCUUGAUUCUCACAGAGGAUCCUGAAGCUUCUACAUUCUGAGCAGUGUCAGGUGCCACUGGACUUGUUCUGAGACCCUUACUCUAGAGGAUGGCCAAGGGACUACUGAUGACCUAUGUCCUCUGGGCUAUCGGGGGCCCUGCUGGGCUCCACCAUCUAUACCUGGGUAGGGACAGCCAUGCCCUACUCUGGAUGCUUACUUUAGGGGGUGGUGGAUUAGGCUGGCUAUGGGAAUUCUGGAAGCUUCCAAGCUUUGUAGCUCAAGCCAACAAACUCCAGGGGCAGAAGCAGAGCCCAGAAAAAGGGACACCUCCCCUGAGUCUUGUUCGCUUUACUGCCCAGAUAACAGUAGGCAUCUAUUUUGGCCUUGUAGCUUUGAUUAGCCUUUCUUUCAUGGCCAGCUUUUACAUUGUGGGCCUCCCGCUGGCAAUUGGCUUAGGAGUCUUGCUGGUGUCUGCUAUUGGCAACCAGAUCUCCGACUUUAAGAACACUCUAGGGGUAGCAUUCCUUACUUCCUCGGUCUUCUAUGGCCGUCCCAUAGCCAUUCUGCCCAUAAGUUUGGCUGCCAGUAUCACAGCCCAGAAGCAUCGCCGCUACAAAGGUUCAGUGGAGUCAGAGACACUUAGUGUGCGGCUCUACCGGCUGGGCUUGGCCUACCUCGCUUUCACAGGACCUCUGGCGUACAGUGCCCUGUAUAACACAGCUGCCACUCUCAGCUAUGUAGCAGAAACUCUUGGUACUUUCUUGAGCUGGUUCAGCAUGUUCCCCCUUCUUGGCCGCCUCCUAGAGGCUGUCCUCCUUCUGCCUUACCGGAUCUGGUGGCUACUGGUAGGAGACCUUGGCUUCAACAGUAGCUACUUCCAGGAGUGGGAGCGGCUCUAUGAAUUUGUUCACAGUUUUCAGGAUGAGAGGCGUCAGCUGGCUUACCAGGUUUUGGGUCUCUCAGAAGGGGCAACUAAUGAAGAAAUACAUCGGAGUUACAGGGAACUAGUGAAAGUCUGGCACCCUGAUCACAACCAGCACCAGACAGAUGAGGCCCAGAGGCGCUUUCUGGAGAUCCAGGCUGCAUAUGAAAUCCUGAAUCAGCCCAGGAAGCCCAGGGAACCCAGGAAGUGAGAAAAAACUUCCACCAGAGGAUGGACUUCUAGCAGAGCCAGGCACUGUAUCUCAAGUCUGGCUUUGCCCACGUAGGACACUCUAACAAUGUUAAAGAAACUGCUUUUGGUAGAAAAGUGAAAAAACCUUAACAAAGCAAGAAAGAUAGUGAUAGAAAAUGUACUUGCAGGGCUAGGAAUAUGGCUUAGUGGUAGCUUGUCUAACAUGCAUGAAGCCCUGGGUUUGAUUCCUCAGUACCACAUAAACAGAAAAAGCCAGAAGUGGUGCUCGAGUGCCACAGCACUCAA